AGGAAGUGCCCAACACACUUCGCUCAGCCUUGUUCGGUCCUAUUUGUGGUUCCAUACCAAGUAACCAUGGCGACCACAGUGGCGAGACUCCUUCUUCUGGUGACCAUGGUCUUGCUCCUCGCCGCGCCGGCGAUUAGUGGUGGCACCAUCACCAUGUCGUUCGCCUCAGAGGAGGUUGCGUCCGAGGAGGGCCUCCUCUCUCUAUACGAGAGGUGGGCACAUCAUUUCGAGAAGGCUCUCCCAAGUGGAGGAGUACGCGGUAGCACUCGUUUCACCGUCUUUGCACAGAGUGUCCGGCUUGCGCACCAGCGCGGCCCCGGCAAACUGAAGCUCAACGAGUUCGCUGACACCGCCCUGAACAAUGGCUACAGCAUGCGCUGCUACAUUCCGCGGGCGCAAGCCGGCGUCCAGGAUGGCCAGAGGAGAAAAUACCCAGAUCCACCGGCGGCCGCGGACUGGCGCACCGCGGGCGUGGUGACGCCGGUCAGGGAUCAAGGGAUAAACUGUGGAAGCUGCUGGGCUUUUGCAACUGCAUCAGCCAUCGAGAGUCUUUACGCUAUCGAGCACGGUGACGUGAUCCCGCUGUCCCCCCAGCAACUCAUCGACUGUGACGGCAGCAACCGGAACUGCAGAGGCGGCAACCCUGCCGAGGCAUUCCAAACCAUUAAGCUCGGUGAUGGCAUCUCACGAUGGGUGGACUAUCCAUACACUGGCGCCAAGGGCUGGUGCUACCCGGCCCGCAAAGGAGUGGGCAUCAGGGGCUGGGCGCGUGUGGAGCCACGGAACGAGAAUGCACUCAUGUGGUCGGUGUUCAAACACCCUGUCACUGUAGGCAUCGACGCCAACAGCCCGGCUUUCCUACAUUACCGCGGCGGCCUCUUCGACGGGCCCUGCAACACCACCCUCGAUCACGUCAUGACCCUCGUUGGCUAUGGCACUACGAGACACAAUGACCCUUACGGCGAGCCGGCGGGAGUCGACUUUUGGAUCCUCAAGAACUCCUGGUCCACGGCAUGGGGCGAAGCCGGCUAUAUGAGGCUCCGGCGUGGUGCCGAGGCCAAAGGUGGGGUCUGCGGGGUAAUGCUCGAUAUCACUUAUCCGGUCCGUUCCUAUAAGCUAUAUUAGUUAGAGGAAAAAAGACUGCCUAUGGAAUAAAUUAAAGCUACUCGUUGUAAGAUGGGGCAAAAUAUUACUCUCUCCUCCGUUUUAAAAUAAGUGUCGUGCGGGUUUAGUUCGGAGUAGUUGGUAAGCAACUCAAAGUCCGUAGUUGUGGUCUUUGAUCCAUGAUGACACAUUGUAUAUCUAUAAUGAAGAGGGAGGGCCCAACAUUGGAGGAAUGAUAGAGGCCGCCCUCUUGCGGUUUGUUGACUUUAAUUCCAUAGAAAUUCCAGGGAGGCCAGAAACUAAGGGACCUGGCGCGGUGCCAUCUCACGGCCGCUAGACAGUGUGGUAGACUUAAGAUGGUGUUUCACAGAGGGCUUCACUAAGGUUGUGUGAAAACGAGGCCUUCUCGCAUGAUGCAUCUAGGAUGCGACCGGGAGCGCAUCUAGUUUGUGGCGGGGGUGCAAGCAGUGCCCAUCCCUUCGUUGGACUUGAAUGUUUUUAUAUGA